AAUGGGUCUCAUUUGUGUGCUGUUGGUCAUUACGGUUUCUGUGCAUGUCACGGUGGAUGGUGUGAUCACCAACCCAUUGUCUAACUUUGUGACGGUCCCUAAUUUGGGACCAACCCAUCCGAUGGAUAACCCUGACUGGGUACCCCCAACAGCUCCCACCAGAGAAAAGGACCGCGAAUAUUGGUUGACCAGUGGACAGGCCCGACUACGGCGUCAACUGGAACUGAACGAGCAAAACAUAAACGUGGCCAAAAACGUUAUCAUCUUUCUCGGCGAUGGAUUGUCAAUACCAACACUCGCUGCCACCCGCAUGUACAUGGGGGGCGAGGAACUGGAACUUUCGUUCGAAACCUUUCCCCACACGGGACUCGCGAAGACAUACUGCAUUAACUACCAGGUAUCGGAUUCUGCUUGUACGGCCGCCGCCAUCCUGACGGGAGUGAAGAACAAUUAUGGCACUAUCGGGGUCAGUGGUCAUGUGCCGCUAAGAAACUGUCCACUCAGCUUGCAGGAGUCGAACCGUUUGACAUCGAUACUGAAGUACGCCCAGGAGGAUGGUCGCUCGACAGGGAUCGUCACAAACACACGCAUCACCCAUGCAACGCCGGCCGUUGCGUACGCCGUCUCCGGGGCGCGAUACUGGGAAGAUGAUACGGAAUUACCCCCGGGCUGUGUAGACAUUGCAACGCAAUUGGUUCACGGCGACAUCGGGACGAACCUUACUGUAGCCCUUGGAGGUGGAUCAAGACAUUUCUAUCCAACCGGAACGUUGGACCGAAAUGGCGAACCGGGAAGACGCACUGAUGGUCGCAAUCUCGUCGAUGAGUGGAUCAACGAUGCAGUUGCUCGUGAGUUGCGGGCUCAUUUUGUUCACGACCGGACUGGACUCAUGGCUAUCCAACCCGAGCUGGUGGAUCGAUUGUUCGGUUUGUUUAGCGGAAACCACAUGUCUUAUAGGAUGUUGGCAGAUGCGCAACGUGAACCAUCGCUGCAGGAAAUGACAAUUAAAGCUUUGGAAAUUCUCCGACGCAAUGACCGUGGAUACGUACUACUAGUAGAAGGUGGACGAAUUGAUCACGCUCAUCAUGAUAAUUUGGCAAAGCUAGCAUUGGAUGAGACAGUAGAGCUACAUCGAGCCGUCGAGAGUGCUGUUCGACAGCUGGAUGAAAGCGUCCAGGAAACACUGGUACUGGUGACAGCCGAUCACUCGCAUACAUUCACGAUCGGAGGAUAUCCGGUGAGGGGUAACGAUAUCCUCUCGACCGGAGAUUUUUCUCGCUUCGACCGGAUGCCGUUCUUCACGCUAGCUUACGCGAACGGACCAAGUUAUGCGGAUCAUUUCUAUGAAAAUGGGGGCCGCAGGAAUCCCGACGAGAUGCGAGACCGAUUCCACGACCCCGACUUUACAUAUCCGGCCGCUGUUCCCUACGAGGAUGAAACCCACGGUGGAGACGAUGUGGCCGUAUUUGCCAAGGGUCCGUGGGCACAUAUUUUUAGUGGACUGUACGAGCAGCACGUCAUCGGACACGGGCUCUUGUUUGCUGCCUGUCUAGGCCCGGAUACAUUCCACCAAUCGGACGCUUGUCGUGAACGGCUGCGUGGAGGCACAGCAACACCCAUACGAGGCUUAGCACAACUACUUGCAAUGCUUAUGGUGAUUGUAUACAUCCGCACAAAAACGUUGUUGUUAGUGUAAAAUCAAAAUUCGAAUAAAUGGUAAAGAUGAGCAAUACAAGCAAAAAACCAAAAUUACUUGAA